UCUCAUCUUCAAAAAAAAUAAAAAUUAGGGCUCCUCAAAAAUUUCCAGAGUCCUUCUCACUUCACACUUUCUCUUUCUAAAAUCCCUCACUUUCUCUCUCUUCCCCGUGUUCCCAAUCAAUCCUUCAAUGGCGGUUAUCGAAAUCUAGUCAACAACAACAACGAGGAUCUGUUGGAUCCGUAUUAGAAUUGGAUUAAAAAGGAUUUAAUUUUGCGGGUUUUUAUCCGAAACCCUAGGUUGUGUUAGGAAUUGGUUCCUUUUAGGAUUGACAUUGUUGAAAUGGAAUCUUCGGGUGGUAAAUCGAGGGGUCGGCCGAGAAAGAGGAGAAGGGGAGAUGAGCAAAAUGGGGAAAAUGUUGAUGGUGAAGGGGAGGUGCAGGAUAUGGUGAGAGAUGAUAAUAACGAUGAUGAUAAUGAGGGUGAGGAUGUGAAGAAUGCUGGGAAUUCUCGUAAACGAGGCCGUCCUCCGAAGAGAAGAGCUGUUGAGAUAAGGGGAGAUUCUGUGGUGGGACGUUAUGUUUUGAAGGAUUUUGAGGGUAGUGGUGUUUUCUUAGGGAAGAUUGUUUCAUAUGAUUCUGGAUUGUAUAGGGUUAAUUAUGAGGAUGGGGAUUGUGAGGAUUUGGAUAGCGAUGAGUUGCGUGAGUACUUGAUAGGAGAGGAGCGCCAGAAGUUUGUGGGGGAUUUGUUGAGAAGGAAGCAGAAAUUGGAUGAGAACGUGGCUGAUUUGUUGGAAAAGAAGCAGAAAUCGGAUGAGAAUGUUUCCCCAAAAACUGUUGUGAAGUCGAAAAGUGAACGAAAAAAGAGAAAUGUCAGGAAGGUAGUUGAUGAAGUGGAGAAGGGCAAUGUGGCAGAGCCGAUUGAUAUUAUGGACAAACAGGAUUGUGGAAAUAUGCUCAAUGACACAGAGAAAGUUGAGGUGCCGAUAUCAAGUGGGCGUUUUGACGAGGAAGUUGAUGGGAGUGAAGUUGAUGAUGAUGAUGUUUCUGAUUCUUCUAGUGAUUCGUGUGAAUAUGGCCAGGGUUGGGAAACCAGGUCAGAGAUUGAGAUCCCUGCUAUUCCCCCUCCCGAACUGCCUCAAUCUUCCGGGUCAAUUGGUGUGCCUGAGGAACAUGUGCCACAUCUUUUCUCAGUUUAUGGGUUUCUUCGCUCGUUUAGUAUUCGCCUGUUUUUGAGCCCCUUCACAUUGGAUGAUCUCGUUGGUUGUCUCAAUUGCACUGUUCAAAAUACAUUAUUGGAUGCAAUUCAUGUUGGUCUAUUGCGGGCCUUGAGAUGGCAUCUUGAGGCACAAGCUACUGAUGGAUCAGAGCUUGCAUCAAAAUGCCUGAGGUGCAUUGACUGGGGUUUGCUUGAUAUCUUGACUUGGCCAGUCUACUUGGUUCACUAUCUGAUGGUAAUGGGACAUUUGAAUCGAAAAGAGUGGAAAAGGUUUUACAUUGAUGUCUUGCAGAAAGAUUAUUGUACCUUGUCUAUCGGGACGAAGUUGAUGGUUCUACAGAUUUUGUGCGAUGAUGCUCUAGAUGCUGCAGAAACAAGGUCAGAGAUUGACAAUCGGGAAGAAUCUGAAUUUGGAGUUGAUUCCGAUGGGAUGUCUUCAUUCUCUCUUGAGAAUGGUCCUAGGAAGGUGUAUCCUAGAUCUGCCAAAACUUCUAUUGCCAAAGAAAGGGAAAAUCUGAUUCUGGAGGCAAAAAAUAAUACUCCAUUUGGAUCAGAUUCUUUGACCGUGAAGGGUAAGAAUCAGGAUACCAAGUCAGAUAACAUUGAUGAGGAUGAAAAUGGGGAUGAGUGCCGGCUUUGUGGAAUGGACGGGGUGUUGCUUUGCUGUGAUGGCUGCCCAUCAGCUUACCACUCAAGAUGUAUAGGCGUGAACAAAUUAUCUAUACCUACGGGAGACUGGUUUUGUCCUGAAUGUAAAAUCAGCAAACUUGGUCCACCUAUUACUAUGAAAACUUCAUUGAGAGGAGCUGAAGUUUUUGGUGUUGAUCCAUAUGCACAGCUGUUUUUGGGUACUUGCAAUCACUUGUUGGUGUUGAAGGUGUCCUUAAAGACAUCGCCUUUUGUCAGAUAUUACAACUGUAAUGAUAUUCCACAAGUUGUAACAGCCCUUUGUUCAUCUGAGUACCAUGCAGUUUCUUACUCGGGUAUCUGUCAGGCAAUAUUGAAGUAUUGGGAACUUCCGCAGGUUUUGUUACCCCCUCCUAUAAGUUGUCAAACAGCUAUGGUUUUGGAAAAGAAAGACGAUGACUCCGUGUUGCUUUCUGCUGAGACUGGAAAUCAGGUUCUUAACAAGGUUGAACCUGAAAACUAUGCCAGUGGUGUAGGGGAAAGCUCUUUAAAUUACGUGUCUGGACCAGGCAAUGAAAAGAGUUCCUCUACACAUGGUUAUGAUGAUGUUUUGAUAGGUGCUCCUGUACAAAAUGAUAUAGCUGUACCAAGAAUGAAUGGAAUGAAUGAAUCUUCAACUAUGUCCAACAAACUUUCGAAGAAUGCUGGUCUUUCUGGCUCAUCACCGCAAGGGCUGGCUGAUGGAUCAAGUGUGAUGGGAAUUUCUUCAUGCACCUCUGGGUACAAAAGCAGUAGUGCAGGGCAGAGGAACAGUGUCUGUUUGCCUGGAAAUGUUUAUCUGCCGGGAAAAUAUCGUAAUGAAGCUGGAGUCAGAGCAGUUCAACAAUGGAAGGAUAAUGGCAAUUGCUUAUACAUUGGAACUUCGUUUAAGACUCAUGGAUACAUAAAUCAUUAUGUGCAUGGAAACUUUGCAGCAACUGCUGCUGCUAAUUUUGCGGGGCUUUCAUCUGAUGAGAAUCGAUUAUCUGAGGUUCAUGCCUCUGACCCCAGGAAAGUAAUGUCUGCUAAAGUUACGCUGCAGGCAAAGGCUUUUUCAUCUGCAACGUCUCGGUUUUUCUGGCCUAGUACUGAAAAGAAACUAGUAGAAAUUCCAAGAGAGCGCUGUAGUUGGUGUCUUCACUGCAAAGCUCCUGUCAGUAGCAGGAAGGCUUGCUUACUAAAUCAAGCUGCACUGAGUGCUACACGAGCAGCAAUGAAGUUUUGCUCUGGUCUUAAGUUGGUGAAAAAUGUAGAGGGUGGCCUUUAUGGUAUAACAGCAUAUACAUUGUACUUGGAAGAAAGUAUGCGUGGGUUAAUUGUUGGGCCAUUUCACAGUGCAAGUUAUCAAAAACAAUGGCGCAAGAAAGUAGAGCAGGCUUCUACUUGCAGGGAGAUGAAGUCUCUUUUGCUUGAACUUGAGGAAAACCUUUGCAUCAAUGCACUCUCAUCAGAAUGGACUAAGCUGGUAGAUAGUUUGAUGGACGAAUUAUCUGUUCCUCAGAGUGCAUGUACAGCUGUGUCAAAUCAGAAACGGGGCCCAGUGAAACGUAAGAAACAUCUUGCUACAGCUGAAAGAAUAGUGGAAGACUCUAAUAACAGUUUGAAUGAUUUAAACUGGAGGAGUGGAAAGCUAUCAAAGCUUGUAUUCCAGAGAGCAACACUACCCUGUCCAGUCCUUAGGAAAGCAGCUCGUCAAGGCGGUUCAAAGAGGAUUCCUGGAAUAUAUUAUGCUGAAGGUUCUGAUGUUCCCAAGAGAAGCAGACAGUUUAUAUGGAGAGCAGCUGUUCAGAUGUCUAUGAAUGCUUCGGGGCUUGCACUCCAGGUGAGAUAUUUGGAUCAUCAUAUUAGGUGGAGUGAUCUUCUUCGUCCUGAGCAAAAUCUUCAGGAUGGGAGAGGUCCAGAGACAGAAGCUUUUACUUUUAGAAAUGCUCGGAUAUGUGACAAGAAGGUUGUGGAAAGUAAGAUUUUGUACGGAGUAGCUUUUGGACAUCAAAAACAUCUUUCUUCUCGCCUUAUGAAGAGCAUUAUAGAGAAAGAAGAAACCGAAGACGGAAAGGAAAAAUGUUGGUUUUCUGAAACACGCAUCCCUUUGUAUUUGAUUAAAGAGUACGAGGAAAAAGCAGAGAGAACUUGUCUGCCACCAUCUAAGAAACCUGAUCGUUAUUCCAAACAUCAGAAGAGGCAAUUGAAAGCUUAUCGUAAGAGAGCAACAUAUGUCUAUCUUACACGUAGGAGAGAUCACUUGGAAGUGUGUUUCUGUGCAGCUUGUCAAAAAGAUGUUUUACUUGGGGUUUCUGUUAUGUGCAGUGCUUGUGAAGGUUUUUGUCACAAGGGAUGUACCAUAAGCUCAACUGUUUUAACAAAUGAUGAUGAUGUUUUCGUAACCACUUGCACGCAGUGCUCACAUGGAAAACCUCUUACCGUAAACAACAACACUGUUGAGUCGCCAACAAGUCCUUUGGUGGUGCAGGGGCAGGAGUAUCAGAACUCCGCCACAGCUGCUAAAAGUACAACGUUGAAAUCUAAUGGUCAACAUCAGAACUCCAUGACAAUCUCCAAAAGUUCUAAGGUAAAAAGCAAUGGCAAAGCAUCGUCUGUUGGAACAGAGUGCCAGUCUGACAAGAAGCCUGCUUCAUCUAAUUCUGGAAAACGACAGUUGCAUUGGGGUCUCAUCUGGAAGAAAAAGGCUGCUGAUGGCGAUGGAUCUGACUUUCGUUCAAAAAAUAUCCUCUUCAGGGGCACUUCAAAUGGUGUGAAUUCAUUAAGCAUAAAGUGUCAAUUGUGCCAGAAGCCAUAUUCUCCGCAUUUGAUGUACAUUCGUUGUGAAUCAUGCCUAAAUUGGCACCAUGCUGAUGCUGUUGAACUCGACGAGUCAAGACUUCCCCUUCUGUUGGGAUAUAAAUGCUGUCGUUGUCGCAGAAUUAAGACACCAGUGUGCCCAUAUGCAGACAAGAUAAUGAAGCUGCGCAUUAAAGGUCCGAAGGACGAGACAAUGCCAGCGGAUUCUGUUUCUGAAGCCAUUUCGGAGCAAGCUGAAUCAUUACCUUCAACUCCAAUGUCUCUGAUGGAGGAUGAUGUCUUCAUUCCGGUGGAUGAUCCGCUUCUUUUGUCUGUUUCAAAAGUAGAACAAAUACAGGAGCCAGAAGCAGAAGUUCAGUUUGAUUGGAGUACCCCUUUUGGGCCAGGCCCUCAAAAGCUUCCUGUUAGAAGGCAUAUAAAGAAUGAGAGAGAUGAUGACGGGCUUAUUUGGAACGAUUAUUCUGCUGUACAGUUACCUACAUCGGAUGACACAAAAAACAUUGCCAAUUUUCACUCGGAGUGGGAUGUUCCAAAUGGUGGUCUAGAAGAUGGAAUAGGAUUGGACUAUGAUAACUUUAACUAUGAGAACGAGAACACAGAUUAUGAACCGCAGACCUACUUCUCUUUUACAGAGUUGCUAGAGGCUGAUGAUGGUAAUCAGUUUGAAGGAGUUGAUGUGUCCGGAGAUGCCUGGGAGGAUUUGACUUGUGAAUAUUCUCAGAGUGGAUUCCCAGAGCAUUAUGAAAUGGCUUCCAUUAUUGAUCACGUGCCAGCCACAUCUAUGGAACCUGCAAUAGAUGUUAGUUGUAAUAUUUGCUCUCAAUCAUCACCUGUUCCUGAUCUUGCUUGCCAAAUUUGUGGUUUACAGAUUCACAGCCAAUGCUCUCCUAUUGAAGAGGUAUCUCAGGGUGACAGUUGGAGGUGUGGCAACUGCAGGGGAUGGUGUUAAAUACAGUCUCCCAGAGAUGCAGUUUUUUGAUCCAGUUGUGUCUUUUCGGGGCACCAGAAAGCCAGACAGAUAAUAGAUUUUCCCAUGGAAGUAUGUAUGCAGUUGAAAAUCUGUUCGAUGCCUGGGUUUUGGGGGUUGAUAUGAAUGCUUGUGCUCUGAUUGAUCACACACGGCACUGAAAACAUGUCUUACUGGUUAUAACUCAGCACCCGAUUGAUGAAUAUGGUCAAAGGGUAUUAAUA